AUGAAGAGUCUGCCACCCGAGGCACUCAGCAGCCUUCCACACGGCCUCAUGCCACUGAAGUCUAUGGCAGAUGACAACGUCAUCGAAGACAAGGAGGAGGAUGGCGAGGAUGACGACGAUGGGUUGAGUGACGUUCCCGACGCCGAAGACAACCUCCCAGACCAGUUCAAGCAGAUGAGCAUCUACCUGCGUGCCAGCCGUGGAUCGGCCGACCAUUUCUUCCAGGUGGCCACCAAGCUGUCGGGGUUGCGAGGUGGCGAAGGGCCGGGCUCGCGUGUUGGUGUCCGGCAAAACAGUACCCAUAACCACGACGGCCACGACAGAGACGACGAGGAGACCAACGACGAUCACGGCCUCGAACAGACACCCGUCUUCUACGACCCAGGAAUGCUGCCGUCGCGCAAGUCGGCCAAAGAACUCUCCCACAGCAUUGUGGAUGCGCUGCCGCCCAUCAAGGAUACGGCACGCAACUACUUUCGGGCGCAGCAUAUGUAUAUUGGCACCAUCUUUGCCUUUUCCGACCCGGAGACGUUUGAGCGGCAGCUAGAGUUGGCGUACGAAGGCCCGCAGGCGUUGAAGGCUGUCUCCGACUACGAAAACGACGACGACACCCGCGUGUGUCUGACAUACGCCAAGAUCUUCAUGAUCCUAGCUCUCGGCCGGCUAUACUCGGUCAACCGAACAACGACGAGCAGAGAUGCUGUUGCCCCCAGCAAUACAGACGACCCGGAUGAUGCCAACGACAGGCCGCCCGGGUUCGGCUUCUUUGCGCGGGCCCUGGCCUUGUUGCCCGAUGUGCACGAGCCCGGGUCGAUCCUCGGCGUCGAGACGCUGGCCUACGUCGGUUACUUUUUGCAAAACAUGAACCGGCGCGACGCCGCGUACCUCUACAUCGGCAUCGCCCUGCGGAUGGCCAUCAGUCUCGGCCUGCACCAGGAAGUGCCGUCCUCAGCAUCGUCGCCCGCACUCUCUCCAGCCGAUCGCGAACACCGCCGCCGCGUCUGGUGGAGCAUCUACAGUUUGGACCGCAUCCUGUCGCUCAAGUCGGGCCACCCAAUUGCCAUCUUGGACGAGGACAUUGGCGUCGACAUGCCCAAACCGCUCCCGGGCGAACCGGCAGACAGCCCUGUUGUCAUACUGCGCUGCUACACGGAGCUGUCACGAAUUCUGGGCGACAUUACCACGCUCAUUUACCGGCGGACAUCUCUGCCUCCCAACGCCGCAUCAACAACGACACAGCCAGCAGCAGCCGUCCUCUCGCCUUCGGCACGCCGCCAUGUACACACGCACAUGCUCUCUGGCUCGUCUCUCCUCACCACGGUUCAUGGCAUCCUGCGGUCCCUCGACCAGUGGGAGGCGGCCUUGCCUCGGGCCCUCCGCCUUGACCCAGACCGCAACACCACCCUCUCCCGCGAGAGCAUCUCCAUGUACAUGCACUACUACCAGUGCAUCAACAUGACGGCACGUCCGCUGCUGUUCCAUGUCGUGCAGAAACGCAUUGCCGCCAUCCGAGCCGCUGCUGACCCCACGGCCGAGAAGGAACGCGACUGGCAGACCGGACUCGCGCCCAAAACGGUGGCCGUCAUCCAUGCCUGUGUCGCCGCCGCGCGCAACACGGUCCGCAUCAUGUCCAAGGCCGCGGGCUACAACAUGGUCGCCACAUACGGGUACAUGGACGGCGAGCACGCCUUUUCGGCGGCCAUUGUCCUGGCGUUGGUGUACACGGCGUUUCCCACGAACGCGCAGACGGUCGAGGCCAUGGCAAAAGGUCUGGCGCUGCUGCGGCGGAUGGGCGACCUGGGCAACGGGUACGUGGCGGCGCGGUACGAGCAACUGACGCGGCUGCGGACGAUUCUAGGACCAUCAGCGGGGGCGACGACGACGGCGACGACGACGGCGACCAAGAUAGCCAACAGUAAGGAAAAGGAAAUUGGCAAGGCACCUCUACAACAUACUUCAUCAGAUCGUCCCCAGGACAUGUUGCAAAGCCCCCUACAAAGUCCGCCACUUCCUGUGUUUCCAGAGGUUGCCGAGACCGCCAUCCCGUACAUUCCCGAUGUAAACACAUACGGCGUCUCGGAGUCGUCAUACCAGCAUUUGCAAUAUCCACAGUAUGUCGAUCCACAGAACCAUCGCAACGAGACAGGCCAACAAGAGCACGCACAACACCCACAGCAGACAUACAACCCCCAAGCCCAGCACCAGCCACUUCCUCCAGCGCUGCCAGAUCUAGACUUUGACUUUGACCUUAACGAUUCCUCCUUCUUCAACCACUACAACACCCUCAACAACUUUGACCCGGCUGCCAUGGAUCUCGAUGCAUUGGGCCUGAUAUUUGACUCGGACACGACCAUGUUCAUCAACGAGAGCAUCGAGGAUACGCAGGAGAGCAUGGACGAUAAUGGUAGUGGCGUGGCAAAAUAA